GCGACUGUGGAGUGCAUGUGUUUGUGUGCACAAGUGGACAUAAUCAACACUGUGUUCAGCUGGCCUUCAUUUCACCUGCUCUUGCUGCGCUGAAUUGCUGAUUGCUCCGACUUGUUUUCUACCUGGAAUUAAGUUUUCCUCACCAGAACUGAGGCUGACGAUUGUAACCCAAGGAGAAACCCCGGGGAUUAUUAGAGACUUUCAGGGAAGAGUAGUGAAGAUGUUGAUCACCAUGCUAACAGCCAUGUACGUGAUGGUCAAAGUCGUAGAAUCGAUCGGGAUCCAGUUUUCUCAUAAACGAGAGCCUUUGCCUUACAUGGUCUCUCAGCCGUUGCCUUGGCAGGUUCACUCGGUGUCACACAGCCGGAGGAGCAGCAAAGCAGAAGAG